CUGGAGACAUAGACGUCAGAGCUGAGAAGGAAGGCCAGGAGGAAGAUGGCCUGGCCAGCCAGCGCUGGGAGAGGCGGCCUCGUCUCCCGGUUCAGCCACCACCACGUCGUCGUGUUCCUGCUCACCUUCUUCAGUUAUUCGUUGCUCCAUGCUUCCAGGAAAACAUUUAGCAAUGUCAAAGUCAGUAUUUCUAAGCAGUGGACCCCAACUGCUUUCAACACAUCUGCCGAGCUGCCUACGGAGAUCUGGAGCAGCAACCAUCUGUUUCCCAGUGCGGAGGAGGCCACGCUCUUCCUGGGAACGCUGGACACCAUUUUUCUCUUCUCUUAUGCUGUGGGCCUUUUCAUUAGUGGCAUCAUUGGGGACCGGCUUAACUUACGAGGUGUCCUGUCUUUUGGCAUGUGUUCUUCUGCUUUAGUGGUGUUCAUCUUUGGCACCCUGACGGAAUGGCUGCAUUUCUACAACAGGUGGUUCUACUGCUCCCUGUGGAUCGUCAAUGGCCUGCUUCAGUCCACCGGCUGGCCCUGUGUGCGCCUUCUGUAUCUCUUCCAGUAUGCCUUCCUGGUGACAGCGUCUGUGCAGUUUGCUGGUGGAGUCGUUGUCUUCUUUGGGCUCUUGGUGUCUCCAGAGGAAAUUGGUCUCCCAGGUGUUGAGGCAGAAGAAGCUCUUGAAGAAGACUCGCACAGGCCGUUAAUUAGUGGUGCUGAAAAUGAAGAUGAGUAUGAGCCUGGUUACUCAGUCCAGGAAGGCGAUACUGUUACCCAAGUCAAGGCAAUAAGCUUCUAUCAGGCCUGUUGCCUUCCCGGAGUUAUACUGGUAAGGGCCAGGCACNNNUGCCUGAAGUUGGUGAAUUACUCCUUCUUCUUCUGGCUGCCCUUUUAUCUGAGUAACAGCUUUGAGUGGAAGGAGGCUGAAGCUGACCAGCUGUCCAUUUGGUACGAUGUAGGAGGAAUCAUAGGUGGCACUCUGCAGGGCUUCAUCUCUGACCUGCUACAGAAGAGAGCCCCCGUUUUAGCGCUGAGCCUGCUGCUGGCGACCGGGGCCCUCGGGGGAUACAGUCGCUCUCCCAACGAUAAGUCCAUUAACGCACUUCUGAUGGCUGUCACAGGAUUUUUUAUUGGCGGACCUUCUAACAUGAUCAGCUCUGCGAUUUCUGCGGACCUGGGGCGCCAGGAGCUAAUCCGAGGGAGCAGCGAGGCUUUGGCCACGGUCACAGGCAUCGUUGAUGGAACUGGGAGCGUCGGUGCCGCAGUGGGACAGUAUCUGGUGUCUCUGAUCCAGGACAGACUUGGAUGGAUGUGGGUUUUCUAUUUCUUCAUUCUCAUGACGAGCUGUACCAUUGUGUUCAUCUCACCAUUAAUUGUGAGGGAAUUAGGCCAUCUUGUGCAGAGAAGGCAGGCUCAUACAUUGAGAGAGUGACUGGUGCCCUCCGCCACAGCCUGCCCCGGGUGUCAGCCACCUGCGAGAUGCUGACCAGCCUCGAAGGCUGGCUGAUUUUUCUACACUACACGAUUAUUGUUGACGAUUUGUUGCCGUAUUUCAUGAAUGUACCGUGCACCC